GGCGGGGAGAUCUGGAGGGCAGGGCUCGGACAGGUUAGGGGCGCUCCACACCUCUUAUCGGCCUUGCCGUGGGUCCGCGCUCCUGUAGGUCAGCGGGUCAGCGGGGCCUGCGGCGGCCCUGGCCCAUGGCAGCGUCGGCAGCUCUGUCCGCGGCGGCGGCUGCGGCGGCUCUGUCGGGCCUGGUGGUGCGGCUGUCGCGCUCCGCCGCGGUGCGCGGCUCCUACAGCGCCUUCUGCAAGGGGCUCACCCGCACUCUGAUCACCUUCUUCGACCUGGCCUGGCGGCUGCGCACGAACUUCCCCUACUUCUACGUGGUGGCCUCGGUGAUACUCAACGUCCGCCUGCAGGUGCGGAUUGAGUGAGCGCCAGCAGCGGUGGUGGCCGGGUCAGAGUCGCCUGCCCACCAGCGCCGAGCCUGGACACCUUGUGAAGGACAGCGGGGCCACCGGACGCUUUGGGGUGCAGAGUGGCCUGGGUCCCUGCUACUGUAGACACCCUCGUCUGGGGGACCGCUACCCGACCCUGGACCCCGUCAACACCUGCAAGAAAACUCACGCAAUGUGUCCUUUGCGUUGGGCUCGAGAAAAUUACGAGUCCAGCUGACCUGUUGCCUCACACUGGCCAAAACUGGGAAAUCGGAAAGAAGGAAUUUUACUGCAGCGAAUUCAUUUGCCAAGUCUGAGCAAAAAGAGACUGGGGUGGUGUCACCCGAAUGCUGGGGAAUGGGUCAGUAAGGUCCCAGGAAGUCCCUGGAGCACAAAAGAUGUGCCCACCCUUCUUCACCCAUCUUAGGAGAUUCAUGGCUUGCUCUGUGACCAACAGCUCAGACUCCCUGCAGGGCCAGCCACUGCCCUAUCAGAGCCACAGAAGCCCAUCCUCUAACCCAGGAAAUCCACCCAGGGAAUUUGGGAAAAUGGAAGGAUCUCCCUGAGCAGGCAGCAGCUCUCAGUCUGGGCAUUGGUCUUUAUAGGUGCCUUCUCUGGUUUGUGAAGAGUCUGAUCCCUGCCUGGAAGUGCCUCUGUUCCUGCAGCCACCUGGGAGCAACUGAGUGAAAUGCCCAGGAGGAGGGGAAGGGCCUUCCUAGUAGAGGCCCAGUAUUGGUAGAGGCCUUGAAGGGUGGGUGGCCCAGGGAUUGGGCCCUGGCAUGGGAAGGAGGGUCAUGUUUCCUUGGGAACAGAGAUCUCCUAGCAACACUGUGAGGGAGAUAUAUUCUCCCCACUCAUGGGGCUCCAGGGAAGGGGCUGGGAUUUGCCCUUGUCACACAGGUGGGAGGGUGGAGCUGAGUCUGCUGUUGGACCUGCAAUCUCCCACUCCCUCCACAGACUUCCUUAAGAUCUGGCAGCCUGUGGAACAGGGAAGGAGUACAGAGCUCUGAGGCACCUAGGAGGAGAGGGAUCCAGGGAUAGGAAAUCUGGGAUAUGGCUUUCCUUGGAGUGGUAUGGAAGGUCCCAGGGAAGACAAAACAGUGAGCUGAGAUGGGGCACAAGAGAGAUGGGUCUCUGAACCCUCUCUCUGUCCCUGGACUCAGGCUCCAUCCCCAGGAUCACACAGGAGAAUCUCAUCCAGAUGACCUGGGAUUGACUCUGGAGAUCCCAGGCAUGCUGCUAUUUGGGAUCCCAAAAUAGCCAGAAGCUGCCCAAGGGGAGUCCUCACCACCCAUGCCUAUUCCCUCAGCUCCUCUGGCACUGGUAGCUCAAGUCCCAUGUACUGAGUUCCUGGGACCAAAACCUGCAGAAGCCUGGCCAGUCCCAGGGACAGAGUGGCCCAGCCUCCUACUGCUGCCCUUCUCAGCUCCUCACUGGAUCUGGGGUCUCCAAUGAAGAUCUCAGUUUGCUCCACCCCAAGGAUGGAGGCUUUAAUAUGGCUGCCAUGUGUCCCUGUGGUUUCCCAAAGUCUAGGCCUGGUAGCUUCCUUCCUUGUGCCAAGUCCCUCUGGAGCCCUUCAUCCUGCUGACCCUUCUCAUCUUGUCUACUCAGGACCACUUCUGGAGACCUGUCAGCCUCUGACCUCAUCCACAGGUCUCUGGGCCACCUCUAUGGGACAAGAGACACAGGGUAGAAGAAGAAAGCAGGAGCCAAGGGGCCUCCUUGGGUCAGCUACCCAGUUUGGGCCCUUUCAAAUCUUGGUCCCACCCUCUGGGUGACAGGAUCCCCAGCUCCAGCCUCUUCCUCAGUCAGCCAGGAAGGAAGGAGGAUGGCCCCUCACUCCUCACUGAGUGUGUGUGCAUGUUUGAGUACGCAUGUGUAUGUGAGUGAGCCAGCAAGCUUGUGGGGGUGUGAUGGAGGGGAUGGAGCUGUUGAGUAUGAGGAGCUGCUCUGGCUGCCCAGCCCUCUCUGCAAAGGGCUCCACUUGGGGCCUAGGAGCCCUUUUCUAUAGGGAGAAAAGUAAGUGGCGCCUCAGGGCCACCCUCAGACCUCCACUCCAGGGAAACCCAACCCUGCCCAGCACCCUGGCUUGGUCUUUUGCCGCCUCUGCCAAAAGGGAUUGGCCCCAGGCCCCACCCAGCCUUGUGUUCCUCCACUGUUGGGGCCUUGACCCAUGAGUGAGCUUCUGCUUUCCUGCCUCCCCUCUUGCCCGCUUUCUCUCCCUCAAGGGCCCUUGCUGCGUGAUGGGGUCUCCAUGCACUUUAUUUAUUUGCAGUCUGUGUUCCAGGUGGCGGAGCUUCUACAUAUUCAGAGACCCAGCCUGGAUGACCUUACAUUUCUGUGUGAUGAUCUCUGCGCUGGCCAGCACAGUCUGGUCAGGGAUAUGUUCUUGUUUCUGAUAUUGUCACAUGUUGUUGUCCCCCUAUGUUAAAAAGAAAGUCCUUGAGUUCAGAACACUACAA